AUGGCUGAAUCGUUAACGAUGUACCAAGGCAAUUGCCACUGCGGCAUCAACCGCUUCGAAGUUGAGCUUCCUGAACAGCUUCAUCUUGUUAGCUGUUACUGUGCGCUUUGUACAAAGAAAGGAUACGUAUGGAUAUACGACGCUGAGCGCAAUACGAAGAUCACGAAAGGUUGCAACACUGAGACUCUCACUUCCUACACGUCAUCAGGAACAGAUGCGUUACAACAUGAAUUCUGCUCGAAUUGUGGAACAGGCCUGUUUGGUACCCACACGUCCGGCGUCCAGGCUGGAAAGAGAGGUAUCAGCUUGCGCCCUCUAAUCUCCAACAUGACAGGAGUUUUCCUCAGAGGCAAAGAAGUUAUAUCCCUUGAUCCCGAAGGCAAUCCUACACCAUACUUGGGCCGACUAAGUUUGAUCAAACCCUCAACUGCAUCCACGUCGCCUACCCCAGAGUUUCGAGGCAUGCAGCCCAAGGUAACGGAGGAACAUCUGAGACUUUAUCAAGGAGCCUGCGACUGUGGCGCCGUGCAAGUUGCAUUAAAAAUAAAGCCCUUGGCUGAAGUCGAAGUCAAAGAAGACAAUUGUAGCAUUUGCGUCAGGAACGGAUUCAUCGGCGUAUACCCCCACCAGUCGCAAGUAACGCUCGUCGGCAAGGAGAAUACCCAAGACUAUCGGUUCGGUCGGAGGUUUAACGGUUCUCCGUUUUGCAAGACCUGCGGAGUUCACUGUUUCAGCAACCUGUAUGGUCCUCCACAGGCAAUCAUCGACAGGUUGCCAGAUGAAAAGAAGAAGUUUGUGCGCAGGCAGUUGGAAAUCCAGCCAGUAAAUGUUGGCGUCCUUGAAGAUGUCGAGUGGGACAAGCUGAAUCUUCAGUGGGCAAAUGAGGGGACUGAAGGCUAUGUCCUGCAAGAUUAA